UAAGAUAUUUAUUAUAAAAAAUGUGACAGUCCUUUGUCACACAUACACACACGCACACCAUUUUUUGCCUCCCCCCUCUGGUGCAUAAAAAGGGACAUCACAGGCAGCCAAUGUUCAUAAGCAAUGAAUUCUAUCACCCUCCCAGCAGAGGAAGCCUCUCUUCUAAGGCACUUUUGCCCCCUGGUUGUACACAACUCCCAAGGCAGCUGAUUCCAAAGGUGUGUUAUUACUCAUGGUAAGAACUUUCUUCCUUACAAGCCAAAUAUCCACCCCCUUGGACACUGAUUAUUUUGUUUUGGAUUGAGAUUGUAUACAUACCCACUAUGUGAUGUGUUCAGAUGGCUUUACCAGCACUCUCGUGCUCCUUAAAACCUGAGAACAAUUAUAAAACCAUAAUCCCUUAUCUGUAAUUCCAAAAUUUAAAAAUCUGUGAAGAAACAAGUUUGUUCAUAACUGGCCCAGAACCUCACCUGAAUCGUUCACAAUCAUACUUACAUUUAUCUAAGCAUGACUAUUCACAUUUAGCUUCAGAUAUACUGAUGUGUUUGAUUAUAGGGCACUGCCCUGAACCUCACUGGUUCAGCAUCUCUGUACCUCUGCAUCUCUGCCUCCUCCUUGCUCUGUCCAUCAGUUUUGCCCAUGUCUGUGUCUCUUACAUGAGAGCACUAUAUUCACUUUCUAAAAUCUACAAAUUUCUGAAUUGCAAAACACAUCUACCCCUAAAGUUUUCAAAUAGAGAUGAAUUAGAAACAUAUACAAUUAUCCCUGCAACCUGAAAGAAGUGAAGAGUUGUGUUAUCACUCUUCACUCAAGGUUCUUUAUCACUCUGAAGUCUCUGCUGUCCACACUAUUACAUCCUGUCCUACAGGCUGCCUGUAGAGAACUUCAUGUUCUCUGGAUAAUCAGUCUCCACCAGUUGGCUGCCCUCAUGCUCUCCACUCUUGUCACCCCAUGUGCUGCAGAUGAUGUUUUCUCCCCAAGGAAGCCCCAGAACAUGCCACCCUGAAGGUAGACCCCAUAAGCAGAAUAUGGCCCACAAAGCCCAGCCAUGGGGCUCAUCAUCUGCAUCCAGAACUCAGCUGGUAUGUUUUCCUUCAACUUUCGUCUGACUCUAAGCCAAAAACAAAGACUUAUUUAAUGUCAGAAUAGGACAGUGUGGAAUUUAGGAAACCUAAAGGGUCAUGGUAAUCAGACAGCAAAAGACAAGACAGAGGUAUGGGUUUCGGGGUGCAGAGUUCAUCAAUUUCCCUUCCGCCCCCUCUAUGAACAAAAAUCCAAAAGAGGUCCUCAAUUGAUUUUACCAAGAGCUCAUCAUCCCUGUACCUACCUCAUCCAGGCCCUUCUCAUUCCGGAACCUCUUCAACAUAUGGGUGUGCACCAUCCUCUGCCCCCAUGUAUCAAUUACUCUCAUCACCUCUGUACUUCUGCAUCUCUGUCUCCAUGUUUUGCCCCAUGUCUGUGUCUCUUGUCCUUGUGUGUCUCGGUCUCUACCUCUGUCUCCCUCACUCAGAAUUCCUUUCUGCAAAGAACAGAGGUACUAACCAUACUAUACCAGGUGGCCUCUCCCUGUCAACCAUAAUAAAAAAAAAUGGGGUCUUUGGAGGAAGAGAUUUGGUUUCACUUGUCUCAACAGGAAAUGGGGUUUCUGAUUUGGUCUAUCGCAGUUGUUCUCCCAUCCUACCCAUUUCCUCUUCAUUCCACAACUUUGCACUUCCAUCUAGCAUGCACCCCUCCCACCACACACUCAGGCAAGAAGGAACAUGUUGGUUUAUCCCUUCACCCAAAGGAAUGACUUGCUGCUUAAUAGUUAAGAGCUGGAAUCAGGUAGACUUGUACUAAUUUAUUUAACCACUUCAAAGUGGUUAACUGUUCCUUCACUUGUAAAAUGGGGAAAUAAUAGGUCCUACUUCAAGAGGUUACUAAAAGGAUUAUCUAAGACAAUAUGUUCGAAGUGUUUGGCACAGCCCUUAUACAUAAGAGUUCAACAAAUAUUUGAUACUAAUUCUUCUCCUGGAUCAUAGGCUCAUGCCCACUGUCAUCCCUUUGCUCAAGUACCUGGUACCCACACCCCUAGCUCUGUCUAGGGAGACCUGCCCAGGAACAUCUUUUAGGAAACUUUUCUUGGCAACACUCUCUCCUACCAAUGUAGGACCCUUUCCUGUGCCCCAUAUUCAUACUAGCUCGGCCAGCUCAGAUGAUGGCUGACUCUGGGGGAUGGCUCCACCUGCUGAGACAGGACAGGGAAGACCCCACACACAACAGGUCUUCCUCAGCACACAGGAGACUCUGCAGAGGGACUCACUAGAGAACUCUUUGGAUAGAUAAGAGGCAGAAUGGAAGUGUAGCCACCAGAAAGGCUCUCUAGAGUGGAUCUUCUUGGGGAAAACCACUAUUUCCCAGCAAAAGAGCAGGUUGAAAUCUCUAGACAGAGACACAAGGGGAAAUCACACAUAGAUUAGGGCUAUAGUGGAAGAGUACAUUCUAGACACAUAUCAACCUAGCACAGGGAGUGGAACACAAAGAAAAAUGUCCACAAAUUUACUUGGGUAAUCCUGGCUUCCCUAAACUUCUCUCCAAUUACUAAGGUAGCAGUAUCCCAAUCAGAUUCUUAUCCUCCACAUUGUCACUGUUCAGCAUGCCAACCCCCAGCAUGCCACCCUCCUACACACACACUUGGUUUUCACUGGAAUUGUAGCCCACUCAGUAAUAGGUUUCAACCCAGGAGGCACAUUAAAAUUGCCUGAGGAGCUUUUAGAAAUCUUCAUGCCCAGGCACACCUCAGACCAAUUAAAUCAGAAUUUCUGGGGCUAGGAUGCAGGCAUAAGUAAUUUUUAAAGCUCUUGGGUAAUUCCAAAGUAGGGUCAAGAUUGAGAACCACUACCUGAUUCUCAGUUUAAGUUCUGAUCCGUCCUUCUCAGGACCCCAAUGUGCUUUAGGAUCCCAAUGCAACCUCACAAAGAAGUCAUCUCCAGGUGACAAGAUAGCGUAUCAAAUUAUUUCAAGGAGGCUGCUGAAGGAAGGAGAGAACUGAUCCUAUUUCCUUAAAGAACACACACAGAGGCAGACAUACAGACAAUCUAACAGGUACCUGAAUUUUCCUCUCCUAAAGCAGAAGAAUAUAUAGGUGACAAGAGAAUGGACUCAGGCUGUGAGAACAGAGAGGCUAGGAAAGUGACUGCCCUCUCCCCACCCAAGGCCCCAUCACCCAGCAGGAUCUCUAUGACCUCAUGCUGUAGUAGGUCAGAGCCUAAGGCCAGGCCUCACCUCCCUGGGUGCCUUGGGGUUCCUGCAGCAGCCACUGCCCUGCCUAACCCCUCCCAUAUCCCACCAUGUUGGUUGGUACCCCUCACCUGCUAACACUUGAUGAAGCCGAUGCCACAUGGACCCUCAUCAAAGAUAAGGUUAUCGAAGAGCGCUUUGGGCCCAAUGUAGUGGCAGUACCUUUCCUGUCGGAUGCAACCUGUUAUGACCUACUGGGAGUGCUAGUAAAGCAGUCCCGUCCAGGCCACACCCGCCUGGCUUUGACAGGUCGGCAGGGCCGUCGGGCACUGCAACCAGUUGGACCACUACCGAGCCUCCUGGAGCAGGCAGGGUCUGAGGGUGCCUUUUCCCACUGCACUCGGGAAUACUCACCAAACACAGGGGCAGAGACAGCCUAUGAAGAAAUGCGACUCUUAGAUGGACAGCCCUGCCGGAUCCGCCUACAUAUGGGUGGCCUACGCAAGAAGGUGGCCUUCCUGUUGCUGCCACCUGGCCAGGUGAGCCUACAGAAGACUCUUCCCUGGCUCCGAAGCACCCACAGCAUCUAUAUCAUCUACCAGGUCUUCUCCUGUUCCUGGAUGCAGCUGGGGUUAUGGCCUACAGGCCAUGAGCCCCAGAUGCUCCGGUUACAACGGUCACUGCCUAUUGCCUUCUCAUGCCUCAAGUUUUCACUGCAUCCCAAGGGAGUGCUAGGACCACAAAAGGCCCUGGCCAAAGACCCACUGCUCCAUGGGACUAACUGGGUCAGACCCAACCUCAACAUCAUGCCACCUCAGGCGCCCCCAUCAAUCCCUGACAACAUCCCUGAAGCUGCUGAUGUGCCCCCACCUGUCCCAGCCCCUUCUACACCACCUCCCCAGGAAGGGCCAGAGGGCAGACUCACCAGAGUCUCCUACAAGGGCCGAAACCCAUUCCGAAGGGGACCCCAGAUGCUGUCAGAAAACUGGCUCUUCAGCCCCCGCAGCCCCCCACCAGGAGCCCAGGGUGGGGGCCCCGGGGACCCCGACCGGCACUCCAUGUCCCUGCCCCUGCUGCAGGGUCUGUCCUCGGAGUUCGACAGCGACGACUGAAGCUGCAGCGAGAGAUGCAGGGGGCAAGGCCCCCAAGAUCUGGCAUAGGGAUAUUGGUCCCCAAUAAACAUCAGCUGCUGCUCCCCCAAACCAUCCUGGGCCCUUGCUGCUUCUUCUUUCUGGGGCUUAGUCAAGGGAGAGAGUCUCUACUUUCUUCCCUAGGCUUUGAGUUCCCUCACCCUCUGAGGGAAUAAGGAAUAACCUUGACAGCCCUGACUUGUUUGGCUCAGUGGAU